AUGGCUAUUGACUGCCAUCUGCCGGUCAUUGAUAGAGUGAAGUUUAAUUACAAAGAUUUGAAAUGGCUGAUGAUGAGUUUGAGGCCGACGACUAAAUUUAACAUGAUAAAUGUAUUUGUUUGUAUCAUUAGUGUUGUGGAUGACUUCGAUGAUGUUGAGGACGAUGAUAAUAUUGAGCUAGAGCAGCAAGAAGACGAAGGAGAGAAUUUUGAGCUCGUUGCAGCGGGUGAAGCGUCGGGUAGUGUUCAGAAAAAUAAAAGAAUAACAACCGGUUAUAUGACUAAAUACGAAAGAGCAAGAAUAUUAGGUACAAGAGCUUUGCAAAUAUCAAUGUGUGCUCCUGUCAUGGUCGAAUUAGAGGGCGAGACCGAUCCUUUACAAAUAGCGAUGAAGGAAUUAAAGCAUCGCAAAAUUCCAAUUAUUAUUCGUCGUUUUUUACCAGAUCAUAGUUACGAAGACUGGGCCAUUGAUGAAUUAAUUAUUAUUGAUCACUAAAUUUAAGAAAAUAGGAUAUACUCUAUUUAUUUUAUUA